AAAUUUGGUUCAGGGGCGCCGCCUGGUGGUCGCUACAUGUAGCACAAUUUGACAUAGGUUUUUGACAGUGCUUAUUCAUUAUUUUGUAUUGAAUUUGUUUAAAAUGAGUUUCGCACUUCCGUCUGUUAAGUCAAAGCCGGGCCAGCCCGAGGACUUUUGCAUCAAUGAGGGCAAGUUUGGGGUCCCUGAGGCAUUCACCGGUGGUUUGUCCUCUGUUAGGGCUAGCCUAGACGUGCCUCAUCCCCUCAUGUUGUCAGAAUUGAAUUAUCGAAAAAAUCUAGACAAAAUGAACAUGACAAUAUUGAGGAAUACACAAGGUUUGCAUGCCCCUCUCAGGAUUGCAAUGGAGCAAAAGGCGGUGAAAAAAGUGGGUCAUUUGCCGUUCUUGCCCUCACACAACGUAUUACAUGAGUCCCUGACCGGUCGUGAUAUUGAAAUGGAUUCUACUGAUGUGUUUAACACUCCAGAAUUUGUUGAAAUUGCUGGACUACCUCAUGCUGUGGUGGAAAAAUCUUUGGGGAUUUUGUAGUUACGAACAUUUUUUUUAAUAAAAUAUAUUUACUAAAUGUAAUAAAUAAAAAAUUAAGGCCCUCGU